AUGAAGAUCCAGAUGGAAUCAGUUUUAUAAAGAGUAUGAACUAAAUGUGUCGGACAAGAUUAAAAUAAGUGAAACUUUUUUGGCAUCAAGCAGUAAUACUGAACAAGCUAUAAAAAAAUGCAAGAGCGCUUUAUAUGAAAAACUAAAAAUAUUAGACGAAUAUGAUCGACAAAUUGCUUUAAUUAGAGAGCAACUUGACAAUUUCAAAAAGAUCUCAAACGUUCUGAGUAGUACAAUGAAAAUUAUUCUUGAACUACUCAAAGAUAAACAACUGAACUUACAUGGAAAAGAUGGAAUAGAACAAAUACGUGAUCUGUUGAACUAUAGUCGUAAAAAAAAUAACUGGUUUCAUCUGCCGUCUGUUCUUGAUCAAAUCGGGACGUUUAUUGAACACAAUUCCAGUCUCCAUUCACCUUCAUCAUCCAUUCCAGGUAUUUCAGAGAAUUCGGGUGUAAGUGUUCAAGAAAUUAGUGACAGUGGAGUCGAGCCGUUUUUUAUUUUAGUCGAGAAACAAUCUGCAGUGAAUAAGCGCAAUAAAAUGCUGAAAAAUAUUGAGAAACAUGUAGAUAAGUGGGUACGCAAAGAAAGUUUUGCUGUGAACGACAUUGUCAUUAUAUUGGAUGUUGAUGCAACUGACAGUCACAAAUACAAGAGGGCUAAAAUUUUGAAACUAGGAGAUGACAGUUCUGAGGUCUCUCUUCUCGACUUUGGCUUUCAAACUACAGUCCCAAAUAGCUCAAUUGGUGAAAUUAAUGGAAUCAAUAUUAAUGGGAAAUCAACUUGUUUCAUUGCUAAACUCACUGGAAGUGUUAAUUUAAAUUGUGACUUUGAGCAAAUAGAUGGACUACCUAAGGCUCAGAACAUAUAUUAGAGGUGUUCCGAUAUAUCAGUAUACCUGAUAAAAACGAUAUUUAAGUGUCGAUAGAUUCUGAUAUUUCGUUGGCAAAAUCGAUAAAUAUUCGAAAAAAAUCGCUGCGAUUCUCGGCUGUAUUUCCUUGACUCAGCAUGUGCUCAAUUACGUCGAAAGAAUCAUAGUAGAUUGUGAGUUUAAACAAUUCGAUGGAUUACCUAAGGCUAUGUGUAUAAUUUUUCAGUCUAAGUGGAUUGGACUUGAUUCCGUUCGCAUUUAUAGAUAUUUAAACAGUUCAUAGCUGCAACUAAAUUCAGACUCGAAGUUAUAUGAUUUACUAUCAUGGGCUAAACCCGAGAUUGUUUUACCAAAUUUAUUUGUUUCACCAGAUUGCUGAGACUUCUAGCGGCAGUUAGUUAAAUAAUAAUUAUCUAAUAGUCUCGUCACAGAUGAGAUUAAUCUUUUACACACAGUUUAUGCUUCACUCCAUCAUGUGAUAAUACUAUCGUUUUAAUACAACCAGUCAAGUAUCAAUUGUGUCUUUCCCUUCAAUUGUAUCACUCAAUUCAUAUUAAAACAUAUUUAGCAGUGAUUAUCACAUUUUAUAAUAAUUAACAAAAGUUGGUUUAUUUUCAAGCCAAAGGAAAUAUGAAUACAGUUAAUCCAUUAAAGCGUCCAUCACCAGAACCAAUUGACCCUUUGAAAUUGUUGGUGUGCAAAAUUUGUGAUAAAGGUGAUGUUUUGAGUCUGAAAACUUGUGGAUGCCUUUUAUGUGAUUCUUGUGACGGUGACUCUCGAAAUAUAUGUAUCUCUUGCCGAUCUAACGUUGAUCCAAAGAUAAAAUUGUCAUUCACAAAGAAUCCAAGAUGCAAGUCUUAUCAACCCGACCAGUGCAAUAGGCACGCUGAAUACAAAUGUAAUUGUAUUCCAAACUGUUUUGUUUGUAGUUCAUGCCUUACCUACAUUCACAGGAAAAGAGUCCGCGGAUCAUGUGUUCCUGAAGUUUUGAGUCCUAAAGUUACAACUAACCAUGAAACAUGUGAAUUGUGUAAAGAUUUUACUGCUGAUUUCAAAUUGCCUUAUGCACCUUAUACAAAAAUUUGCUUUGCUUGUAAAACAAAUUUUACUAUUGACUUGGAAGAAAUUAUUAAUGAAGCGCCGGAUUGGAAUCAUUUUUAUAGAGAGUAUGAACAAUCUUCUGAAAAUGUGUCAAAUAAAAUUAAAAAAAUUGAAGAUGAACUAGAAUCAAGCAGUUUAGCUCGUGAAGAAGAGGUAAAAAAAUGUAAAGAUGCAAUAUCUGAAAUACAGAAACGUUUGGACGAACAUACUGAACAAUAUGAUCAGGACAUUGCCAAACUUAAACAGCAGCUUGACAAUUUCAAAAAGAUUUCAAAUAUUUUGAAGCCUGAUGGUACAAUUAAAACUAUCCUUGAUCUACUGAAAGACGAACAACUGAACUUACAUGGAGAACAAGCAAAAGAGCAAACGAUUAAUUUGUUGAACUCUUUUCCAGGAAAAGAAUGCUUUGAUUCUAUCUCUAAUCCUAAAACGAAACUUGUUCAGAUAUUUAUUGCACGAGAAGAUUCCAUGAGGUACUCUGUUACAUCCAUUCUUUUGCCUGGUUUUCGAAAAGAUUUGAAUGCAAUUGUUUUUGACAGAGCCAGACCGAUUUAUUUAUCAGUCGUGAAACAAUCAAAAGUAAAUGACCGUUUGAAAUUAAGUAAAGAAAUCGAGAAGCGUCAAGAUAAAUGGGUACGCAAAGACCAUUUUGAUGUGGAUGACAUCGUGAUUGUAUCUUUUAUGUCUACGACUAGUGCUAAAAAAUUCAGCAGAGCUAAAAUCUUAAGCAAAGGAAAUGACUAUUCCACAGCCUUGCUCCUUGAUUUAGGCGUUACAGCUAAAGUCCCAAAUAGCUCAGUUGGUGAAAUUAACGGAAUCAAAAUUAAUGACAAACCAACUUGUUUUGUUGCUCAACUCAGCGAACUCGAAGAAAGAAUUUUGUUACAUAAUGGGAGACAUCAGUUCGAUGGAGUACCUAAGGCUAUGCAAAUAAUCUAUUAGAACUGCGAGUUGCACUUGCGUUCCGUUUGCAUUUAGAACGAACGCAUUUUAUCUAUUGAAGCACAAUAAAAAACGAUAAAAAAUAGCACGACUGCAAACUAUAUCGUUCAAAGUUUCGACAACAGAAACUAAUUAGCUGAAAAAA